AGCCCCGGGCCUGGCCGUUCCCAGCCCCCGCGGACCCGCUCCGGCCCGGAGGGCUCGUGCCCCCCCAGCCCCGGGGGACGCGCACCCCCGCCUGCUGCGCCGCCGCGCCCUCCCUCUGUGCCCUGCGAGGCUCCUCCGAGCUGCCCGCCCCCGGCUGUGACUCUGUUUCCCCAGGGGCCCCGGAGGCCCGGCCGCCCCGCUCCCCGCUCCGCCCUUCCGGCCUGGGCCCGCUCCCGGCCGCGGCGACCCCAGCGCAUCCCACCGAUCACCACCUCCAGGUGCGCCGCGCCCCAUGGGGUGCUGACCCCGCGCCCGGCUCGGCGCCAUGUGGCCCAACGGCAGCUCCGCGGGGCCGUGUUUCCGGCCGAGCAACCUGACGGCGGAGGAGCGGCGCCUCAUCGCGUCGCCCUGGUUCGCGGCCUCCUUCUGCCUGGCGGGCCUGGCGUCCAACCUGCUGGCGCUGGGCGUGCUGGCGGGCGCCAGGCAGGGCGGCUCGCACGCGCGCUCCUCCUUCCUCACGCUCCUCUGCGGCCUGGUCCUCACCGACUUCAUGGGGCUGCUGGUGACCGGCGCCAUCGUGGUGGCCCAGCACGCCGCGCUGCUCGACUGGCGCGCCGCCGACCCCGGCUGCCGCCUGUGCCAGUUCAUGGGCGUCGUCAUGGUCUUCUUCGGCCUCUGCCCGCUGCUGCUGGGCGCCGCCAUGGCCUCGGAGCGCCACCUGGGCAUCACGCGGCCCUUCUCGCGGCCCGCGGCCUCCUCGCGCCGCCGGGCCUGGGCCACCGUGGCGCUGGUGUGGGCCGCGGCGCUGGCGCUGGGCCUGCUGCCGCUGCUGGGCGUGGGCCGCUACACCGUGCAGUACCCCGGCUCCUGGUGCUUCCUGACGCUCGGCGCCCAGCCCGGGGACGUGGCCUUCGGCCUCCUCUUCACGCUCCUCGGCAGCCUCUCGGUGGGGCUGUCCUUCCUGCUCAACACCAUCAGCGUGGCCACCCUGUGCCACGUGUACCACGGGCAGGAGGCGGCCCAGCAGCGCCCGCGGGACUGCGAGGUGGAGAUGAUGGCCCAGCUCACGGGCAUCAUGGUGGUGGCCAGCAUCUGCUGGAUGCCGCUGCUGGUCUUCAUCGCCCAGACGGUGCUGCGCAGCCCGCCCGCCAUGAGCCCGACCGGACAGCUGUCCCGGGCCACCGAGCAGCAGCUGCUCAUUUACCUGCGCGUGGCCACCUGGAACCAGAUCCUGGACCCCUGGGUGUACAUCCUGUUCCGCCGGGCGGUGAUCCGUCGCCUGCACCCUCGCCUCAGCGCGCGGCCCAGGUCGCUGUCCCUGCAGCCCCAGCUCACCCAGAGGCGCCCGGUGCCGUAGGGCCCCAGCGGGACGGCCGCACACGGGGGGCCCCCCAGCCAGCCCGGAGCCCCGGGAGCCCGGAGUCUCAGAAGGGCCAAGACUGUGCAUGCCAGGAUGGUGGGGCCCCCCCAGCGGCCCUGGGGACCCACCACCAACUCCUCUCUGAUCCCUUCCCCCUCCCUACCCAGAAAGGGUGGGCAGGCAUGUUGGGGGGAGGGUGUCUGAGGAAAUCGGACUUGGAAGCCGCCCCUUCCAGGAAUCCCCUGAGAAUGGGGGGACUCUGACCCCUGGAUAUGACCUGCUUCCUGGGGUACAGUUGAUUCCCUUUGACUCCCCAGCCCCAAGAAGGCUCUAUUUAGAAAACAUUGAGUGUGCACAGGCAAGACACCGCUCUCUUGCCAAAAUAUAUACUGGCCCCCCCAGCUUUACUUUC